CCCGUGCUCGUUCACGCUGCCUGUUCCUCGAACCGCCGCGGCGUCACGUCACAGCCACGGGACACGUUGCCUGAGGAGGGGGGAGCCGGAGGCCGGCGAGGCAGAGGAGGGCGCGCGGGGGAGAGAUGAUCUCGCAGUUCUUCGUGCUGUCGCAGCGCGGCGACCACAUCGUCUUCCGCGACUAUCGCGGCGAGGUGCCCAAGGGCAGCGCGGAGAUCUUCUUCCGGAAGGUCAAGUUCUGGAACGAGGACGAGGCCGAGGAGGCGCCUCCAGUGUUCAAUAUCGAUGGGGUUAAUUAUGUCCAUGUCAAAGUCGCGGGAUUAUUUUUUGUGGUAACCACAAUGGUCAAUAUCUCGCCGUCGCUUCUCUUGGAACUUCUGCAAAGGAUCGCACGUGUUACCAAAGACUAUCUCGGUGUUCUAAAUGAAGAUUCCCUGAGGAAGAAUUUCAUUUUAGUGUACGAGUUGCUUGAUGAAGUUAUCGACUUCGGAUACCCACAAACAACUUCUACCGAGGCUCUGAAGUCGUACAUAUUUAAUGAGCCAAUCAUGGUUGAUGCUGGACGGUUGCCACCACUUGGUCCUGCUGCUAUGUUCAUGCAAGGCACAAAGCGGAUGCCGGGUACAGCUGUGACAAAAUCAGUUGUUGCUAAUGAGCCAGGUGGGAAAAAGAGGGAGGAAAUUUUUGUUGAUAUCAUUGAGAAAAUAAGUGUGACAUUCAGCUCUAGUGGUUAUAUACUUACCUCUGAGAUUGAUGGAACCAUCCAAAUGAAAAGUUACCUUAGUGGAAAUCCAGAAAUCCGCCUAGCUCUGAAUGAGGAUUUAGGCAUUGGAAAGAAUAGCUCUUCUACACAUGAUUACAGAAGUUCUUCUGGAGGAGGAUCAGUUGUUCUUGAUGAUUGUAACUUCCAUGAGUCAGUGCAGCUUGACAGUUUUGACAUUGACAGAACUCUGCAUUUAAUACCACCUGAUGGAGAAUUUCCAGUGAUGAACUACCGGAUGACUCAAGAAUUUAAGCCGCCCUUCCGUGUCACCGCACUAAUUGAAGAAGCUGGUCCAUCUCGGGCUGAAGUUCUAUUGAAAAUACGGGCAGACUUUCCUGCGAAUGUGACUGCCAACACAAUCACAGUACAAAUGCCAGUGCCCUCUUACACAAUGAGGGCAAGUUUUGAACUGGAAGCUGGAGCAGUUGGACAGACAACGGAUUUUAAAGAAGGAACUAGGAGACUGGAGUGGAAUCUAAAGAAGAUUGUUGGCGGUUCUGAGCAUACCCUUCGUGCAAAACUCACAUUUUCCCAGGAGUCACAUGGAAACCUCACAAAGGAAGCCGGGCCAGUAAACAUGAAUUUCACUAUACCUAUGUACAAUGCUUCAAAGUUGCAGGUCAGAUAUCUUCAGAUAGCGAAGAAAUCCAAAACAUACAAUCCAUACAGGUGGGUGAGAUAUGUGACGCAGGCCAACUCGUAUGUAGCUCGUCUAUGAGGACAUUGUACAAUUCCAAAGGCAUUUCCCACCUGUUCCUUGUGCAAUUAUCUUGGACCGACUUGAAGCUUGGACAGAGUGACAUGUAUUGUAACUCUAUAGUGGGAUCCCAACAUCACUCUGCUCCUCUAGCUUAACUUUCUUUUAGUGUCAUAUUUUCCUUCUGCGAUAUGCGGAAUAUACAUGAUGGUGUUUGUAUUCUGAGAAAUGAAUAAAUUUCUUGUUCAUCUGGCAAUUACAAACUGAAACUGUCUCA